AUGUGUGGCAUAGUUCCAAUAUCAAACAUAUUUCCAUCCACUGGCCAUCCAGCUGGCCCUGGUGGUCUCUGUUUGGUUGCCUUGUUCUGCGUCCAAAUGAGCAGAAGAGGAAGAAGAAGAAAAAGAGCAAGUGGUAGCGCGAAACGCGACUCAACCAGAUCUUAUAUGUUUGAACCAGAAAUGGAACAUGAAGAAAUUUCUAGCGUCAAUGAAACCCCUAUGUUUCAACCACCACCUCAAAGAAUGCUAUCUUUGGAUGAUAUACCACUAGUCUCACCAUCACCAUCCUCACCGUCACCAUCUCAACCGUGUGUGGAGUCUGGUAAUUCUACCCAACGACUUUUAACUCCUCAAGUGAAAGCCGAAUUGAUACCAAAAAUUGGACAACAAUUUGAUAACUUAGACAAGGUUUUCAAGUUUUACAACAAUUACGCUAAGGAAGCUGGUUUUAGUUUGCGAAUCUUUUCUAGCAAGACGAAUAAGAACAAGGAAACCAUUAGGAAGGAGUAUGUUUGUUUCAAAGAAGGGGUGAGGAAAAAUUCUAAAGCCAAUAAUCGGCGUCGGGGUUUAACUAGAGAGGGUUGUCGUGCAAAACUGUCAGUCGUGAAAAAUCGGUUAGGUGAAGGGUUUGUUGUGAAACAAUUUGUUGAGGUGCAUAACCACGAACUUACGACGCCAAAGAAGGUGCAUUUGUUGAAAUCUCACCGUCGAGUGUCGGAUGCACAAAAAUCAUUAUCACAACAACUUUCAGCUGCAAAUGUGCCACCCUGUCAACAAAUGAGUUUUUUUGAGGUGCAAGCCGGGGGUUUUGAAAAUGUUGGAUUUACACGACGAGACCUUUACAACUAUGGGAGGGAUAAGAAGGCAUUUGUUGGUGGACAUGACGCCAACAUGUUGUACGAGCAUUUUGAGAGGAAAAAAGCAAAGAAUCCCGGUUUUAUGUUUACAUUCGAGAGAGAUGAUGAAGAUAGAAUGACUCAUUGUUUUUGGGCCGAUGCAACCUCUAGGAAGUUAUACCAAUAUUUUGGGGACGUGGUGGUGUUCGAUACAACAUACAACACAAACAAAUAUUGUUUGAUAUUUGCACCUCUAUUAGGGGUUAAUCACCAUGGGCAAACAACGCUUUUUGGGUGUGCAUUCUUAAGCGACGAAUCAAGUGAUUCCUUUGAGUGGCUUUUGAAGGAAUUCUUGAAAGCGAUGCCUGGACCCCCGCCCAAAAUCAUCAUUACUGAUCAAGAUCUAGCAAUGACCAAAGCAAUUGCUUGUGUUCUUCCAACUACGUUUCAUAGAUAUUGCAUUUGGCACAUUGUUAGUAAAUUUUCUGAAAAGAUAGGUGCAUUGGCAUAUAAACAAUAUUAUGAGGAGUUCAAAAAAUGUAUUUGGAAUUCCGAGAGCCCCGAAGAGUUUGAAGCAAUAUGGGUAGAUCUUGUCGGAAAAUCUAUGCUGUCCAACAAUGAAUGGUUGCAGGGCAAGUACGAAAUUCGUGAGAGAUGGGUGCCAGCAUUUACGAAACACAUUUUCUCCGCUCACAUGACAAGUAGUCAAAGAGCUGAAAUUUCUCAUUCAUUCUUCAAGAGGUAUGUGUCUUUGGAUAAUUCAAUGUUGGAUUUUGUGACACGGUUCAAUAGUGCACUUUCACGUCUACGACAUAAUGAAUUGGAUUUGGAUCACAAGGAUGUAAAUGAGAAGCCAAUCUUGAAAACCUCGUAUUUGAUGGAAAAGAGAAUGAGUGAAAUAUACACACUAGCUAUAUUUAAGAAAUUUCAGGAGGAAAUAUUUCAAAUUGGUGCCUAUGUGCUUACGCUUACACAUGAGGAUGAACAUCGAUGUGUGUGGGAAGUUCAAAGGGAAGAAAUGGAAAAUUCGAGAGGUCGUAAGGUUUCGGUAGACAAGUUAUCGAACCAUGUGACUUGCAGUUGUAAGAUGUUUGAAUUCGAUGGAAUUCCAUGUCGCCACAUGUUGGCGUGCUUGUCUAGAAUGCAGAUUAGGGAACUCCCUACGGAGUACAUUUUGCAGAGGUGGACUAAAACAGCAAAAGCGGGCAGAGUUAUGGAUGACUUGGGCAGUGCUGUGAAACAAAUAUGUGACCAUUCGAUUUUCGUGAGGCGAAAAGGUCUGUUUGAACAAGCUCAUGAUGUGAUUGAAUACGGUGUAAUAGAUGAAGAAGGAACUGAAGUGGUAUCCAAGCACCUAUCACUUGCGAAGAAGGAAAUUGCUUUAAUGAGGAGUGCUUACAAUGGUAGUUCAACGAAUCAUACCCAAGUGCCUGUUUCUCUCGGCAGCCAAUAUUGUUUUAAAGAACCACUUAAAGUUAGGGCAAAGGGUUGUGGUAAGCGAUUGAAAGGAGGAAAAGAGAAGACCGUGAAGAAAAGUAGAAAAUGUAAUGGUUGUGGGUUAACGGGACAGUCGCAUGACAAAAGAAAUUGUCCAAAACUUCUCAACAUCUCUUCGCAAGAUGUUAGGUUGGACGACGGCGACGGCGACGGCGACGGCGACGACGACGACGAAACUACAUGGGUUUGUGGUUACGGAGAUGGAAAUGGCAAGGCAAUAUGGAGAUACAAAGGUUGUGAUGACUUGGAAGAUCUUGAGUUAACGGGACUUGUGACCUUUUUUUUGUCUUAUAAUUGGGCUUGGUUAAUGUAA